AUGAUGAAUAUACUGAGUGGUAUGAUGGGUAUGGGAGGCGGAUAUAGUGGUCGGUAUAGUUGUCAGAUGCGGGCGUAUUCAGCUGCAUUUAUUGAUGCGGAUUCAGCUAAAGUCGUCGAAUUGAAUUAUGGUGGAAAAGUGAGUACAACGGAGACUCAGACUCCUUUAUGGUUCUUCGAAACUAAUUGGUUCUCUAUAGAUUUUGUUGCCAAAUUCCGCGUUGGAUUAUCUGAUACGAUACAAUGUGCUAUCAAGGUGUCGUCAGUCUGCGAGAAUUCUCGAUCUACAAACUGUGGAGUUUUAGAGUUUUCAGCCCCAGAAGGGAAGUGUUAUCUCCCUCAGUGGAUGAUGAAACAGUUACGUAUCGAUGAAGGAGCUGAAGUUCGCGUGGACUCGGUUACACUUCAGUCGGCUACCUACGCGAAACUUAAACCGCAAUCGCUUGAGUUCCUAAACAUUAGUAAUCCAAGGGCCGUCCUCGAAGUUGAACUACGAAAGUUUGCCUGCUUGACAAAGAAUGACAUCAUUGCCGUUUUG